CUGGGAAGGACCCUCUCGGUGUGGGAAGAUCCCGUCUGAUCUUUUCAUUUCUUGCCCGUCGCUCCCCAUUUUUUGACUCUUUGUUUCCCCACCCUUUCCAGCUCCUGCAUGUUUCGCCCUUGAUUCAAUUCCUCGUGUUGAGGGUUUACCUUUCUUUCAGCCUUGUUUCCUACUCUCGAUCUCCCCGGAUCUCCGGGUCUUGUGGCGCCUUUCCUCGUCCACGUUACCGGGGUGCAGCGCGUUGCCGCGAGCAUAGGGGACCGAGAGCUCAACUUGUCGCAGCAGGUCUGCCUGGGCUCCUGUCUACCCACAGGUGCCUGAACUCUACCUACCUUACCAGGUAGUCGCGUACCUAAUUAACCCAACCCUACCUGGUCUUACCUGAGCUACCACCUCAUCUACAUCACCUUCUUGCCUACGCCCACUUUCUUCCCGGUCGUCCCGGGUCCCCCCCAAGAAUCAUCGAGCAGUCCUCCCGAUCUAUCUGCGGCCGGGCGAACAUGGGACUGCCGGCCGUACUCCGGUCCCGCUUGAAUACCAGCUCCGAGAAGACUGACCCCUCAACGCCGUCAACUCCGAUCUCCAAGGAACAUGUCCUCGAAAGCAACGAUGCCGGCUUCAAGCGGGCAACCCGCAUGCGCCGGAACUUUGCUCUGAGCGCCUCCUUCUCCUAUGUCCUCGCCUGGAUCUUCCUCGUUCUUGUCCUCGUCGGCAACACGUAUCCCCGCCCCGUCCUGUCGCAGACGUACUUCUUCAAGCUCGACCUGACCGACAUCAUCCCCACGUCGGUCCCCAAUGCCAGCCUGAUCAACAGCAUCGCCCAGUCGAUCGGCCUGCACGACUUCUACCAGGUCGGCCUGUGGAACUUUUGCGAGGGCUACGUGGGCGUGGGCAUCACGUACUGCUCGCCGCCCAGGACGCUCUACUGGUUCAACCCGGUCGAGGUGCUGACCAACGAGCUGCUCUCGGGCGCCACCAUCGCGCUGCCCACGCAGGUCGUCACCAUCCUGUCGGUCCUGCGCAUCACGUCCCAGAUCAUGUUCGGCUUCUUCCUGACCGCCGCCCUCCUCGCCUUCCUCAUGAUCUUCGUCUCCCCGCUCGCCGUCGCCUCGCGCUGGUGGAGCCUGCCCCUCGCCGUCGCCUCCUUCGUCGAGAUGCUGCUGCUCAUCGCCGCCAGCGUCGUCGGCACCGCCAUCAGCGUCGCCUUCAAGUACGCCGCCGAGGCCCAGAGCGAGCUCAACAUCCACGCCGAGGUCGGCCCCAGGAUGUUUAUCUUCAUGUGGCUGGCCACGGGCUUCAGCAUCUGGGCCUUUGCCGCCCACUCGGGCAUGGGCUGCUGCUGCACCUCGAGGCGGGAUCUCAGGACCGGCAGGAGAGUGAUCAGGAACGGGAGGGGAGUAAGGUUUUAA